UCUCGACGCGGGCGGUUCGCUGGGCGGGCUCCAGCGGCAGUCGCGCGCCGCCGGCCGGCCCGUUCGAACGUGUCGUCGCCUCAUUGUCCGACUGUCCCGCACCGUGCACAUGUUGUGUGAAUUUUCGGCAUGUUGAUGUCGUCGUGAAUUGACAAGAUGGACUUUCAGAGUGCAAUGGAGACGUUUGCUGAGGCGUGGGCUGCGGCCAACACUGUCAAGUCGGAAGCCCAAAGCGAUUUAGCGCAGAAUUUGUCGGCGGAACUCAGGCGCAGCAAGACGCCCCCCCGGCGGUCGCCGGAGGAGCGCACGGUGCCUCGCCCCCCCUCCGCGCCGGUGCACCACGAGCGCAUCCAGCACACCCCGCAUACCCCCCACCUGUCGCCCAAGAAGGAGGCCUUCAACAACCUACUGAACAAAGGUAUUACUGGUAAAACCCUGCCAGUCCACUGCGUGGUGGAAGCAGUAGCUUCCUUGGAAGAAGGUGCAUGGAGGCGCCGCGCGGUGGUGGAAACUGACAGCUACGUCAUCAUCCCUGCUGCCACCGCCUUCCACGAGCUCGUGCCAGCCGCCAUGAUGCGUCUCGGAUAUCCUCAUGAGUUAGCUGCUUCUGCUAAAGGCUCCGUAGUAAUAAACAACUGGAAGCCGUUGCCUUUCGAGAGAAUCUCUGAUGGUCCUCUAGCCACCGUGGGAGAAGUUCUAGGGGAGCUGACCACCGUCGCGACCCUCAGGAUCCAGCUCCUAAGACCCAGGCCAACGCCACUGCAAGACAUCAAGGAUAAGCUACUGCGACUUCUUCUUGUACAGAGCAGACCAUUGCUCAUGUCUACUGGAUGUCCAUUGGAUGAGGUAACUCUUGCUCAGAUUUGUCGUGGCCAAGACCGAACACCGGGGCCGCAUAACUUUCAUGAGCCAUCUGAAGAAAUGCGUCGUAAGUUUGAAUCUUGGUGGAGUGCUCAAGUGUCACCUCGACCACCGCCCUUCAGCCCUCGUAGAUAUCCAUCGCCUGGUCCCAAAAAUCGUUCUCCUACUCUGAACACAAUACCAGAUCACUUACACCCGGCAUUACAGACUGUGCAGAGUCAAUAUCCAACUCAAAAGACAAGAAUGCGAACAAGUUUUGAUCCUGAAUUAGAAUUGCCUAAACUUCAGCGUUGGUUUUCUGAAAAUCAACAUCCAAGCAGACAGCAAAUACAACAGUAUGUACGAGAGCUAAAUAACCUAGAAUCGAGGCGAGGACGAAAGCCCCUCGAUGUCAACAACGUUGUUUACUGGUUCAAGAACGCGCGUGCUGCGCAGAAACGCGCUGAGCUUCGGAAUAUCGGUGGCUUGAGCUGUCACCUUGGAGUGAACGGUUUCAAUAGCAGGAGUCACAGUCCUACAAAUGGUUCACUGAUGGCUGGCAGUGAUACUUAUGGUUCCCAAGAUCACAACUCGAUGAAGAGUCCUAUUUUAUCUGGCAGCCCAGGAAGAUACCCGAUGUCGGUAAUGUCUGAAGAUAAUUUGUCUAAUGGAGGUUCGGAUUUGGAAGAUGAAGGUGGUGACUUACACCCAGAUGAUAGGCCUGAAAGUCCAGACGCGCCUCUCUCUUUGAUCACAACUAAGAAGAAUGUUGACCAAGAGACAGAUGACAGGCCCGAGGAGUCGCCAAAACCUCCAGACAUAAUUAAGGUACAUGACAUCAAACAGGAGCCAAGGGAUUUGAGCAAGCCCGACAACGCGGUCUCUCCACAACGUUCUCCAGCUAAAAACAGCGACAGUUCGCACAACAACAAUAGCAACAACAACAACAAUGAGGACGAGAACGGUGUUGGGGACGAACAUGAUGGAUCUGAUGAAGAUGUUAUCCAGGAGCGACACUACAGGCCAUCCUCCCCUCAUCUCGACCGCCUACCUUUCCCCAUGGUGCCUAAUCACCCCAUGUUCGGCCAUGGCAUCAUGUAUAUGAGCCAAUACAUGAGCGGCUUUCCUGGCGUCGGCGCAGUCCCCGGUGAGGGCGCCAGUGGCCUCAACCUGGCACUCGCCGGUGCUUCAGAUGAGCGACGCAAACGCAACCGCACAUUCAUCGACCCCGUCUCCGAGGUUCCUGUACUAGAGCAAUGGUUCUCAAUGAACACGCACCCCUCGCACAACCUGAUACUUAAAUACACUGAAGAGUUGAACAGGAUGCCUUACAGGCAGAAGUUUCCUCGCCUUGAGUCGAAGAACGUGCAGUUUUGGUUCAAGAACCGAAGAGCGAAGUGCAAGAGACUGAAGAUGUCUUUGUACGAGCCGGCGUCUCCCGGCCACUACUCCCACCCCGGGCAUCCCCACGCUAUGGCUGAAAGGAAACUGGUGUGAGCAAACUGCGCUCAAUGUUAGUAAAUUGUGAGGGAUUUUUGUGUUUGUGGCGUCGCAGCAUAUACACGAAAGACUGAUAUCGAAUCGUUUAAUGGUGUGCAGUGCCAUGUUAGUAUUAAAACGGCGCCUCGCGCGUCAUCCUAACUUUAAACAGUUCGUAUUAUUCAGAGGACUUUAUUAGUAACUGUUUAGAUUAUUAAUGAUCAUAGUUUUGCUUAAGGUAGACUAGCAUAUUUCAAAGCGAUAUCAUUAUAAGUUUAAAGUAGUAGUAUCAAGUUAUCUGAUAGAGCGAUCACAUCGUAUUGUUUAUUGUGUACAUAUUUGUAGGUACAAAAUUGCUAUCCUAGGACAUGUCACAGUUGUUUUGUGAAGGAAUCUCAAUAUUUCUAUUAAUAUGUAUGUACAUAAGAAACUCAAUCUCGGUUUUUAUUUAUUAAAUUUUACAGUAGUUGUAUAAAUCUGUUGUUAGAAUAUAAUUAAUGGAUAUUCUCAUUAAAAGUUCCACUUAAAUUAUAAUAGCGAGGUCGAAGUAUAGAAUGGUAUUCAAUGUUAUUCUAAUUAUGUACAUUAUUUGUAUAAUUAGUAUUGAGUCAUAGUAAUAAUGAUAUUAUAUUGCACAUAGUAUACUGGAAUCGAUAUUUCUGAUAUUAUCGGUCGAAGUUCGGCGGCCGAAUGGUUACGCACAUUCCGUAUUAUGUACUCUUUUGUUAUAGAUGUUAAUGCUUCCUCAAUCCAAAGAUCAGUUAGUGUGUAGUGGUCACGUAAUUAACUGAUGAUAAAUUAGCCACCCGUUUUACUAGGCAAAGCGCUGGGGUUGCAGUUUAGAAUAGAAAUGGUUGCAAUAUUAAAUCGAGUCGUGCUGAUUACUCGAUUCCGAAUAUUAAGUAGAUAGUAAGCGGUGAUGACGGCUCGUUUAGUGAGGGUUUUGUGGGGGGAGGAGGGGAGGGGUCAUAGUUCCAUAAUACCGCUUUGCCUGGUAAAUAGGUUUACAGCAAACAGUUUAUGUUACAGUAUUCACGCAUUUAUCGAUUGAGGCUGUAUCGUCACACACUUGUUUUAUAGUUUUAGACGCAUCAUAGUUGUAAUACUACAGUUUGUUUUGUUGUUCCCAUGUUAUGCUUGUUUUCGUGAAGCUGUGAUGAAAUUUCCAAAUAUUGUAAAUAUUUUAUUAAUGUUAAACAUAAGUUUUAUUGUAAAACUACGUCACUUGGCUCACACGAACAAUUAAAGCAUUACCGCUUAGGUAACCAAGAUAUUGGCUAAAUGUUUAUUCGAUUCAAUUAUAUAAACGAAAAUUUAAUUGAAUAUAAUAUGAAAACAA